AUGACAAGCGCAUUCAGGAAGACGGAGUGCGGCUUCUUGACCUCAUUCACGCAUGGGAUCGCACCGGCGCCUGCGACUCAGAAUCGUGUGCUAGAAGCUUGGAAAAACCAGCUUCCCGAGAUCGUCUUGAAUUACUUCCUCGAGAUGAAGAGCGCAGGAGUCGUCCUCAGCAGAUGGGCAUAUCGCUACAUCGUGGUUGCUCACGAGCGGUCCGACCCAGCAUUCGCAUUAAAAAUUUACAGAGAGAUGCAACAUUUGGGAAUUGAGCUCGACUGGGCGGCGUACAAUGCAGUGCUGGGUGCUCAAUUUCAGCUUGGCAUGUUUGACGAGGCCGAAGAGUUGUUCCAGCGGAUGGCAUGCACCGCGGGGCUGGCCAACGAAAAGACAUUUGGAAUCAUGAUCAAAGUCCGCGCGGCCAAUGACCAUCUUGAGGAGGCCAUUGCCCUCUUCGAGGAGAUGCGGGAGCAGUGUUUGCAGCCCGACCGGUACGCCUACCACCACGCGAUCCGCUCGGGCAUCGCCUUGCAGCGCGUCAAGUACGCCGUCGACCUGUACCACGACAUGGUCCAGAAGAAGGUGCCGCCCCUCGCGAGCACCGUCGCCCUCCUGAGCGGCGCGUGCCAGAGCGCCGGCCGGGCCGCCCUCGCGGCCGAGCUGCUGGGGCACCUGGCGCUCGCGAGGGCGGCGGAGGCCGCGCACGGGGCCCGCGCCGCCUGGGCUACGGGCUCCUCGUGA